UAUUUGUGUUCUUUUACUUUGACAGGUUUUGCGGAUUGUGAUGUCGGAAAAUUGUGCAAAAUAUAAAAUAUUUUGUGAAUUCCAGUGUCUACGUACGAUAUAAUCGCUUAUGUGAAAAUGGCCAUCUGUUUGCGUUCCCUGUCCCAUAAAAUUUUGCCGAUACACGGUAUUGUAUCGACUAAAAACCACACUAACCGACUGUCCCGGAAAAUUGCACUGCGGACGCAAUUUCUAGAAGAUUUUCUGAACACCCGGCCGAUCUCGUGCUGCCAGACGGCGCCACGAAGCCCUGAAGUCUCUCUGGAUGAUUACAAGCACCACCCUGAACACAGUUUGCAAAAUGUCCAAAUAAAAUCUUGGAAGCCAUUACAAAUUGAUGAGGAUGGGAUAGAAGUGAAGAGCUUGAGUCUCACGUCUGAUGACUAUGUGGAGCAGAGAGCGGUCCCCGUCUGUAUGAAUGAUAUUGAUUUCACAAGAUUUAAUACAGAGCAACAAUUUGAACCAACCUGUUUGUCGGACUUUGAGCGAGAUGCGGUGGCGUACUGCAGUCCCGGUAACCUGUCCCCGGCGCUGGCAUCCUCCACGCAGAACACCCCCACCCCGACCCCCACCGGGGCUCCCAGCAACGAGCAGCUACAGCAUGUCUACAAGGUGCUAUCAGAAACUAUGCCGAACCUGUUUGUGAAGCCCAUGGACUACUCCAUCUACCACCCAGAGCUGAUAUUUGUGAACAACAUUCGCGGUAUUACUACUACCGGUCUGUUCCACUACGUGAAGCAGGUGGCGCUGCUGCGCACGGUGGGGCACCUGCGCUUCGCGUACGUCAAGCUCGAGGUCAUGAAGAUCACCGCGCACCCCGAGGACUCCACCAUCAAAAUGCGGUGGCGAGUGCGCGGCAUCUCGGGGCUGAAGAUCUUCUUCACGUUCUGGAAGUACAAGCUGUGGGACAUGAAGCAAGUCUUCAAGGACCAAGAACUGUGGUACGAUGGAUUCUCGACCUUCUACGUGGGCGGAGACGGACUUAUACAGAAGCAUGUGGCCGAUAAGGUAAUGCCAGAUCAGGACACCAUCAUAGACGACGCGGAGAAAGCCCCAAUAGCCGCCAAGCUCGCCCUGCUCAUAGGUCUCUUACCCAGAAACUACUUGUCCGACGUAUCUCCCUACUUCAGCGCGUCAUCAGGAACCGCCGACCAAUCACCGCUGCCCUUCAAGGUACUCGAGUGAAUGAAUGAAAGGGAAAAAGAACGAACGAAACGCAAGUGAAGACCUCUUUAGUGAGAAGGAAACAGUUGACCUCUGUAGCUCUAGGUAAAGUUGAGGGCACGGAUGUGAUUAUUUAUUUAUGUAUUAUGAAUUAUUGUUGAUUUUAUAAGCCUCUCUUACAGUCAAGUGACGUGAGAGGUAUAACAAACGAUAGAUAUUAACACCCCAGUAUCGUAGAUUAAAAUUCUUAAAAUCUAUGUGGGAAAAAAAUAUGACCUUUUUUUAAGGUACUUUUAUAGCUAGUUAAUGAAAUAGAUCGAUAUCGCCUCGCAUCUCAAUAAGCAUCCCACCCAUACAGCUAUUCAGACCCUACAAGUCAAACCUUCCUCGCGCUUUCAUAAACAACAGCGCAGCAUUAUACCUCUAAUGUUGAUAAAUUAUUUAUUUCAUAAAUGCACUUUUUCUACCAUAAAAUGAGUUUUUUCGCCAUUUACAUAGCAAUCCGAUAUGUAACGUAUUAUUAUCAUGGGAAUUAUAUACUCACAAAAAGUUGAAUUGAGAUUUAAAUCCGAUUAGGUAUUCUCGCCAUUUUUUUCAAUGUCAGACAUAGUAACUAUGCAUUACAGUUAUCUUCAAGUGUUAUAUUUUUAUGAAUUGUUUUCUAUUAUGUUGUAACUUAUUCCUGACACUAGUUUUAUAAUGAUUAUGUUUGUACAAAUUUGUGUUUUUACAUCCUCGUAUUUGCGAGCAAUGUUGAAAACACCAGCGGUUUAGUUUUUAGUUCUAACUGUGAAUGCCUUGUAGUUUGUAGAUAUGUUGUAUAUUGCUAAACCAAUAAAAUUAUUAUGUUA